GGGCGAUUGUAACGCAAACCGUUCUUUUUCAGUAACUAUUUUAGCUUUGAUUCGCUACGUGUAAAUCAUUUUAGUAGCUAUAUUUGGACGAGAGAAUCCUCUGUUGUAAUUGUACUUGUUGUGCGUGUGUUCUGCAUUAGAAAGAGGUUUUAGCUUUCUUCUCUCCUUAACACACUCUCGAACCAAUGUUCUUUUCGACAUCGUUCGCUCAGAAGGUCGCAGCAGCUCUUGCUGGUGUGACGCUGACUACACACCUCGUUGGGGGUGUGUCGGCAGUUCCUAUUGAUGUUUUAAACGAAGAAGUUUAUGAGGGUUUUGAAAUUGAACGAGACUCAGAACUCAUUACAUCAUUGACGAAGCGCCAUACGGACGCUUCGUACGCUCCACGGUUUGUGGAUUGUCCUUCGGACUACAUGCUCAGAGAUGCUACUCUGGGUGUCUCUGAUGGCGAAAAGGCCUUCUUGGACAAGCGCACGCCUGUAAUUAAUGAGGCUAUGAACACGUUCCUGAAACGUGCGAACUUGAAGGAUCUGAAUAUCAGUGAGGUCAUUACGGACGAGGAUGGCCCUCGUCUUGGUAUUGCGUUCUCUGGCGGUGGUUUCCGUGCAAUGAUCAACGGCGCCGGUGUCGUUAAGGCCAUGGACAGCCGUUACGGCAGCAAUUACACUUCUGUGUCUGGUUUGCUGCAAUCGGCCAUGUAUGUGACGGGUCUGUCUGGCGGCUCGUGGCUCGUUGGCUCAAUUAGCAUCAACAACUUCUCCAACAUUACCUUCUUGAAGGACAACGUUUGGGAUUUGUCUGACGGCAUCUUCUUCCCCAAGAGCAACUUUGUCAAAGACCUUAUUUACUACCACGACUUAAAACAUGAAAUUGAUGAAAAAGCCGAUGCUGGCUUCAACACCUCUAUUACGGACGUUUGGGGUCGUGCUCUUUCUCGUCAUCUUAUUGACGCUGAGCGCGGAGGACCUAACAUUACCUUCUCCAGCAUUCGCAACCAAAGCUGGUUCCAAAAUGGAGAGUUCCCCUACCCCAUCAUCGUUGCUGACAGUCGUUACCCUGACGAGAAGCUGGUUGCUAUGAACUCGACCAUCUACGAGUUUUCGCCCUACGAGUUUGGCUCCUGGGACAAUGCGAUCAAGUCUUUCCUGCCUAUGGAGUACUUGGGAACGGCUUUGCACAACGGCAGCAAGACGAGCUCUCGCUGUGUGCGCCAAUUCGACAAUGCUGGUUUCGUCAUGGGAACUUCUUCGACCCUUUUCAAUGCGGCCCUUUUGCGUUACGAGGGAAGCAACUCGACUAUUUCCAACCUGUUCAAGGACUUCCUCGAAGACUUGUCGGAGCACUAUGAUGACAUUGCCGCUUAUCCCAAUCCUUACCAGUACUACAAGUCGAACCACUCGAACGCUACCAACUACUUCUACGAUACGAAGUACUUGAACCUGGUUGACGGUGGUGAAGACAACCAAAACAUCCCCAUUUGGCCCUUGCUGCACCCUCAACGUUAUGUGGACACUGUGUUCGCUGUUGACAGCUCGGCCAACAAGCCCUACGCCUGGCCUAAUGGAUCGUCGCUCGUCAACACGUACAAGCGUAUGGUAGAAACACCAUCUCAACGCAACUUUGACGUGCGUGGAUUCCCCUACAUCCCAGAUGAGGCAACCUUCGUCUCAUUGGGUCUCAACAGCCGCCCUACUUUCUUUGGAUGUGACGGAAGAAACACAACUUUGAACAGCAGUGUUGUGAACAACAAGACACCUCCACUUGUGGUUUACCUUCCCAAUGCUCCCUGGACCUUCGAUUCUAACAUCUCUACCUUUGACUUGAGCAUUGACGAUGAUGAUGUUGAUGAUAUCAUUAAGAACAGUGUGAUUAAUGUUUCGCAGAACAACAGUGAGACUUUUACCACAUGUAUCGCUUGCGCUCUUAUUCAACGCUCCUUGGAACGUAAAAACAUGUCAACAACCUCGCAAUGCAAGCAAUGUUUCUCGGACUACUGUUGGAACGGUACUGUUGUCUCGUCCAAAGACACGACAAUCGUCUACAACCCUACUCUUCGUGCUAAUGCAGUAACCUCAACUGCAUCUACUACGGUCUUUUCCGCACAAGUGAUGUAUGCAGCCAUGGCCAUUGUUGCUAGCAUCAUUAGCACCAUCUUUUAAGAGAGUAUCACUAGCAUGAAUUGAUAUAUGAAAACGAAUCUUUCUACAUAGCAUUUGUAGGUUACUUUGAGUAGCUAGAAUUAACAUUUUUUUUUCUUAAGAAGUCAAAAAGUGGUGAUGGCCUGGAGGAAGAUAAUA